GCCCGCACCCACCGCCCGCCUCCCGCGGGCGGCGGCAACAAAGGCCCUUCCCCGCCCCCGCCGCCGCCUCCCGCCGCCUCCCGCCGCCGCCGGCAGCGUCCUUGCGGCAGGAAGAUGCCCGGGGAGGUGCCGCCGCCGGCGCCCCGGGGGCUGCGGAGCCUCCCGCUGCUGCUGCUGCUGCUGCUCAGCGCCCGCGCCGCGCUGGCUCAGCGCUGGCGCAAUGAGAACUACGAGCGGCCCGUGGACCUGGAGGGCUCCGGGGACGACGAUCCCUUCGGAGAAGAUGAGCUGGACGACGUCUACUCCGGCUCUGGCUCGGGCUAUUUCGAGCCGGAGCUGGGGCUGGACACGGCCGUGAGCCUGACCACGGACACGCUGGUGACGCUGCCCACCACAGCGGCCGUGCUGCCCGUCACGGCCGCCCAGCCUGUGGCAACGCCGCUGGAGCCGUCCCCCACGCCCCAGGAAACCACCCCCGGGCAGGCAACCAGCGCCUUCCUCAUCCCCAGGACCACGGAGGCACCAGUGGUGCCCAGCUGGAAAGUGACCACCACCAGCACCACAGCCAGCGAGUCCCCGACCACCACAGCCACCACCACCACCACCACCACCUCGGCCACCACCACCAUCGCUACCACCACCACCACCACCUCGGCCACCACGACCACCAGCAGCACCACGGUGGCCACAGCUAAACCCACCACCAUCCGGAGGUUCCUGCCCCCCUUGGCCACCAAGGCGGCCACCACCCGGGCCACCACCCUGGAGACACCCACCACGCCUGUCCCCGAAAGCAGCACCCCGACAGAGGUGGCCACGUCACGCCUUGUCCCCAGCAGCACGGCCAGGCCCAGGGCCCUGCCAAAGCCCAGCACCUCGAGGACUGCAGAGCUCCCCGAGAAAAGCACGGCCCUGCCGCCCGCUGCCACCACGCUGCCGCCCACAGAGGCCCCCCAGAUGGAGCCGGGGGAGGUGACGACAGUCCCCGACAACGAGCUGGAGGUCCCGGCCAGCAGCGGCCCCAGUGGGGACUUUGAGAUCCGGGAGGAGGAGGAGACGACUCGUCCCAGCCUCAGGAACGAGGUGGUGGCCGUGGUGACGCCGCCGGCGGGGCCGGGGCCCGGCAGGAACGUGGAGACAGGGCUGAUGGACAACACGAUAGACUCGGGGAACUCAGCUGCUCAGCUGCCCCAGAAAAACAUCCUGGAGAGAAAAGAGGUGUUGAUAGCGGUCAUCGUGGGCGGCGUGGUGGGCGCCCUCUUCGCCGCCUUCCUGGUCAUGCUGCUCAUCUACCGCAUGAAGAAGAAGGACGAGGGCAGCUACACCCUGGAGGAGCCCAAGCAGGCCAACGUGACCUACCAGAAACCCGACAAGCAGGAGGAGUUCUACGCGUAGACCGAGAGCCCGGAGUGCCUCACGCUCCCUCCCUCGCUCCCUCCCCGCUCCAAACCCUCCCCUCCUCUCCUCCAUCCGGUCUCUCUCUUUCCUUGCCCCCCCAACCCCUCUUUUUUUGGGAUCAGACUGUGAAUUUACAAAGCAAAACCCGCAGCAGCUGAAGGAGGAAACGCGUCCUUGGCAUGGGGGGCACGGGGUGCCCGGAGCAGCGCUGAGGUGGCACCGAGCAGCGCCAGGGUCACACCGAGCAGCGCCGGGGUCACACCGAGCACCGCUGGGGUCACACCGAGCACCGCUGAGGUCACACCGAGCAGCGCCGGGUUCACACCGAGCAGCGCCGGGGUCACACCGAGCACCGCUGAGGUCACACCGAGCAGCGCUGGGGUCACACCGAGCAGCGCCAGGGUCACACCGAGCAGCGCUGGGGUCACACCGAGCAGCGCUGAGGUCACACCGAGCACCGCUGGGGUCACACCGAGCACCGCUGGGGUCACACCGAGCAGCGCUGAGGUCACACCGAGCAGUGCCGGGGUCACACCGAGCACCGCUGGGGUCACACCGAGCAGCGCUGAGGUCACACCGAGCAGCACUGAGGUCACACCGAGCAGUGCCGGGGUCACACCGAGCACCGCUGGGGUCACACCGAGCAGCGCCGGGGUCACACCGAGCACCGCUGGGGUCACACCGAGCACCGCUGGCCUUUCUGCUGGCGGGAGGGACGGGACACGGGGCCGAUGCCAAGGAGCCGAUGCCAGGGCGGCCGUGCCCGGGAAUGCCCUGGAGAACACGGGAUGGGCUGCCCACGGUGCCUGGAGCUCAGCUGGACUUUUCCCACCACCACCACCACAAACUCUGGGAUGCGGACAUCUCCUGCCAGCCCUGGGGCGCAGCGGGGCUGCUUUGGAUUUAUCUCCCGGUUUUUUUCCAUCCAUAAAGGAGGGAGAUUUCCUUCCCUCUGUCUUGUCUUUGCUUUUUGGGUUUCUUUGGGAAUGGGGUCGGUCGCUCUGCAGGAAUCCCCUUCUGCUGGAAGACAGAACACAGCUCUCCAAUGCUCCGGGAAGCUCGGGAAAAGCACGAGGGGCUGGAACACCUGGCGCUUUGCUCUUGGCGUGGGGAAAAAGGAAAUAAACACAAACGCUGGGAAUGAUCCCUUUGGAUGGACGUUCCGGAGAGCUUGUGGAGCUGCACUGGGGCAUUGCAGGCUGCCGCCACCCCGCCGCCCCUGGAAUCCCUUGGAUCCAUGCCUGAAGGGUUUGGCCGGAACGGGGCUUGGCUUGGGCUGGGUUUUCACUGUGACCACUAAGGCUCGGCUUUGCGGGACGUUCCUUGGGGAGGAGCUGGGAAUGGAGGAGCUGAAUCCUCCCCUGGCUCUUCCAGAGGGGAUAACAGAGCUCUGCACGGCCUGGGAUGCAGCCUAAGGACUGAAACCCAAGCAGAGAUGAGCCCUGUCCCCUCAGGGUCCGGCAGGGAUCCCGCCGGCUCCAGCGGUGAGGAAGAGGAGGCAGAGCCAUGGCUCAGCCCCAGGGUUGAUUGGAUCAUUGGGAAGAUCCCAAAGUCGUUGGAAAGACCCAGGACUGAUGGUUUUCCUUUGUUGUCUGAAUCCCCAGGACUGACGGUUUUCCUUCGUUGGUGUUUAAAUCCCAGCACAACCCACGGCGCCGGAGAGAACCCGACCCUGGCACCCCCAGGGCUCCCCUCUGAGGCUGCCCAGGGUGCAGGUCCCGACCCUCCGGUGCCUUCAGGAAAGGCCGGAUUUUCCAGAGCAAGCUCUGCAAGGAGAUUCAAUUAAGAUAUUUCAAUUAAGAUAUUUCAAUUGAGGUAUUUCAAUUAAGAUAUUUCAAUUAAGAUAUUUCAAUUGAGGUAUUUCAAUUAAGGUAUUUCAAUGAGGUGGCUCUUAAUUAGCUGGAGCCCUGUUUGUGGAGUUUUGUUGUCACCAUGGUUGUGAUCUCGAUGGGGUCCCAUGGACACUUUGGGUUUGCUCUUGGAGCAAUUUAAAUGGGAAAAUUUGGGGAAUAAAACGGCUGUUUUGACUCUGUUGCUUUGGGAAUUAACCUUCCCGGAGCCAGGGACGCUUUGGCCCCUGAGGGGGGUUGGGGGAUUUAGGGUUUUGUAGCCCUGGUGGGGGUUACAAGACGGCAGAAAGGAUUUGAGAGGGCAAAUGAAUAUUUUAAAUAACGAUAAAUAUUUAUCUCCACUGCCACACCCCCACAGUUACAGAGGUAUGGAAGGAAAUGAAAGCCCUGGGAUUUCUCAUUGCACUGGGAUGCUCUGGUGGGAUUUGAGGUUGGGAACAUGGGAGGUUUGGGCUGCCUUUCCCUGGGGUACAACCCAAAAUGAUGAGCUGGCUUCACUGUGGGGUAGGGAACAGAGCCCCGUGUGUGGAUCAAAUCCUCGAAACCCUAAAUCCUCAUUUUUGAGCUUUCAGCCUCAAAAUCCUCAUGGUUUAGGUUCUUGGAGCUUGGAAAAGGCCCUGUUGGGUGUUUGGGGUGGUGGUGCUGGGAGGGACCAUUUCCAUGUUCGUCCCAGAGGGAGGAUGAGGGUGAGGAUGAAGGACGAGGGUGAGGAUGAAGGAUGAGGAUGCUCCAAAAGAUGGAACACACUCAGAAGGAGCCUGGCGCCUACCCAGAGCCACUUCGUGCUGCUCCAGAAGGGGUUUGGACUCCUGGGUUUGGUGAUUUAGAGGUUUUUGGCCCUGUUGGGAUCACACACAGGGGAGUGGCACAAAUCAAGGCCACCCCAAAUCCCCAUCUUUUGGAACAACCUGGAUUUAAUCUUUGGAGCUUGCUUUAAAAAAAAAAAACCUCCCAGCUUAAUCUUUUUAAUGCUGCCUUUCAGAGCUGCCUCCUUAAUCUUCUUCAUUCCAUUUUUCCCCCUAUUUAAUAGUCUGAACUUCCAUAAUGCAAUUUUUUUCUUCACUCAAGCUUAACCUCGUCCCUCUCAGCUGGUGUUAAGUUGUAAUCCCGGCACUUAAAUCCGUCACAGCUUCGGGAGCGAGGAAAGCUGGAGGUGGGAGGGCGAGAGGAGCCUGGGCAGGACUUUGGCAGUAAUUAAAACAUGAGAUAAACACACGGAAAAAAAUAGGUGAAAGUAAUUAAACUGCUAAUCAGAAGCGAUUGAAUAAUCAAAAAUA